UUGUUCAGUCACGAGCAACCAAAGGCCAAGUCCCGUUUGAAGGCCUUUAUGAAUGUGGAUCAAAGUCGAGCCGUGCCAGCUGAAGAGGACAACAGCUGAGGGAAGUUACUGAACAAUCCUCACGCUCGAAUGGAUUUAACCAAACGCUGAGCCGUGGCCGCCUGCAGCGACGUCUCCCCAGCUUCAGAUGAUUAACGAGCCAGCGCAUUCAGGACCUGGUUGAAGCGUUGCAGUCGGCGACAGCAUGGCUUCGGGAUCAGAGGGAGACGAUGGAGGCAUUCCCCUGGACAUCGAUAAUGUUCACAUGCUCCUCCAAGUGGAGCAAGAACAGAUCCAGAAAAGGACUUUUACCAACUGGAUAAAUGCUCAGCUUGCCAAGAGAUGCUCCCCUUCAUACGUGUCAGACUUAUUUUUGGACCUCAGAGAUGGUUCACGGCUUCUGGACCUGUUGGAAGUGAUGAGCGGUCAGUCAAUGAAAAGACAAAGAGGUCGAGGAGUUUUCCAGCAGAGGGCCAACAUUGAGACGGCGCUCAACUUUCUCAAGAAGAAAUCUAUCAAGCUGGUGAACAUAAAUAUCCCAGACAUCAUAGACGGACGUCCAUCCAUCAUUCUUGGCCUGGUGUGGACCAUCAUUCUCCGCUGUCACAUUGAGGAGCUGGCCAGUGCUCUUUCCUUUAGCUCCCGUCAUUCCUCCCUGGACUCGGUGGCCAGCCUGGACUCCUGGUCCGGCAGCCCCAUCCCGGCUAGUCCGGUCCCCGCGGGCCGGAUGUCGCCUCUCCACAGACGCUUCCGUGUUUCCGCCAAAAAGGCCCUCCUCAUGUGGGUCAGAGACCAAUGCAAAAAGGUUCAUUGCGACGUCAGCGUGAAAGACUUUAAGUCCAGCUGGAGGAGUGGGGAGGCCUUCCUGGCCAUCCUGUGCGCUCUCAGACCCGAACUGGUGGACCUUUCACGGGUCGAGACCAGAAGCAAUCAGGAGAACCUGGAGGAAGCCUUUCACCUGGCCGAGAGGGAACUCCACAUUCCUCGCCUCCUGGAGCCCCGAGAUGUAGAUGUUAAUGAUCCGGAUGAAAAGUCCAUUAUGACGUAUGUGGCCCAGUUUCUGCAGUACUCCAAUGACGUGCCGUCGCCUGAUGACCACCUGCAGCUGUUUCCUUCGGAGCAGCCUUCAGUUUUCUCCCCUGAGAAACUGCAUGCUGUCUUUUCUCCAGCGGUUGCUAUCUCACCAUUUCACCAGGUGUCUGCAAAUGAACGAGCGCAGGAUAUUCAGCAGGCCUAUCAGGAGCUUUCAGAAACAUGGAAAGCAGCGGAGGGAUCCACCUAUGCGGAAAAAUAUCAGCUAUAUGAGGGCCUCAUUGCUUCCCUCGCUGAGCAGAGAAGAGCGGUUAUGCGUCUCUUUGCCGCCACAAGACGAUGCCCAGAACUGAAUCCAGAAGAGCAAGCUCUGAGGACCGCGUGGGAACGUCUGGAGGAAGAGCUCCAAAAGUGUGAAGCAGACCUGGAGCAGAGUCUUCCUCCUCCUCUGGACUCAGUGGUGUUGUGGCUGCAGAGAGGAGAGGCAGCGCUAAAAGAGGAGGGAGGGAGAACAGAAGACCAUUCAGAGGCUGCCAAACAUGCAAGAACAAAACAAGACCAACUAAAGACAUUGGUUAAGGAGAUGAAUCAUUAUGUGAAGCUCACCGAUAAUUUCCACAAUGUGGACGAAUCAGGGAAUCUAAGGGUGCCCCCUGAAAAGCUCGACGACAUUAGAAACCGUUUGACCGGCCUCCGGGUCUCAGCGGAAUACGAAGUAAGAAAGCUGGAGUUUGAGGAGUCUCGUCACACGGUCCUGGAUCUUCUGAGGGACGUCAGGACCAAGGUCCAGUCCUGGAGCGCUCCGUACCGGUCCCAGGAGUCCGUGCAGGUUCUGCUGCUCGACUGGCACGAAACAGUAGAGCGUCACAGGCUGCUCCUGAUUCUGACUGAUGCUCUCCAAAGCCUGAAGGACCAGAUGAACGUCUACAUCAGCAAAGCCUCUCUAGGUGGAGAGUCCCAGCUUGUCGCUCGUCAGGUGAAGGAAGCAGAGAGCGAAGCAGAGCUGCUCAAGCAGAAGACGGCGGCUGCAAAAGAAACGAUGGACAGAGUGGCGUCUGCUUGGGAUGUGUACAACAGGAGCCUGACUUCUCUGGAGGCUUGGCUGGCGCAGCCUGCGGCCGCAGAAGCACAGGAGAUGGGAGAGUGGACUUCAUGCCACGCCCGGUUAAAUGAGGCGGGGAACUUCCUUACUGAAAUGACGGAAGCUUCGGUCAGCCUCACCUUGGUGAAGCGACUCAGCAAAGUCAACAUGCAGUGGGCUGAGCGCAUGAAGAAGACCGUGUUUGAAAUAUCAUCUUCACCCAGAGUUGGUUCCUCUUCUCUCCUGAUGUCAGAAUCACUCAUACAGGAGGCUGGUUUGCUCAUGGUACAGCCGCUGGAGGUAGCCUCCGUCCCUCUGAAGGCUGUUAGAAAAAGGCUACAGUCCAUGAGAACAAAGAUGGAAGAGGUGGAUGCGUCGUGCAACGUCCCUUCUGCAGACCCUCAGGCAGCCCAGAUAGAAAACCUUCAGCAAACUCUCCUAAAAGUCGUUGAAGCAGAAAGGUCCUGUGGGGAGCUGCAGAGAGCAGCGUCACAACUCGAAGGACGUGUGGCUGAACUAGAUCACUGCAGCACAGAAGCCCUGGGCUUCUACGAACAGCUGGUGGAGAAGAAGCACAGAGGAGGACACUCGGCACUAGAUUCUGCAGCCAAAGCGUUGCUCUCUCGAGGGUUGCAGCUAGCGCAGCAGGUGGCGUCUGAGCGGCAGCACCUGGAAGGCCUCGUCGCAGAGCGCCAGAAAUCCUCUCCUCUGCAGCAUUUAAGUACCAAUGACAUGCAGGACAGGACUGCAGCCUCAGUCUCUCAAAGCCAAGAAGUACUUGAAAAGUUUAGUUCCUGUGGUUUCAAACAGCAAGCUGGUGACUUCCGUGAACAGACACAACCCUCUGAAACCAUCCACCCAGAGACGGGCUCAUACGUUCUGGCCCGGACCAAACAUGUCAAACAGAUCGUAAAGGUUAAACUGCAAACUCCGGAGCCGGUUCCGUUUCCUGAACAGGGGACGAGACGUCUCCAGGAGGAGAGGAAGGGCCCUGUUUCCCCCGCAGAAAUGAAAACGAUGCCUCAGAUUUUGAUGGUGCCGGUACCGAAGAGUCCGUUUCCUGCUCAAACUAAGAGUCCCGCACUGUCUACGGACGCAGCGGGAACGAAGCGCUCGGCGCAAAGUUCCCACAGUCAAAGCACCAAGCAUGUGUUCAGAGCGGCGCCGCAACCAAAACCCACUCAGGGGUCGACUCGCACACCGCCGCCGCUCAUGAUCCACAGCGAGGUCCACUCUAAAGCCCAGUCAAUGGCCAGGAGCCGACUGGAGAAGGCCAGGCUUCGUCUGCAGGGACGCAUCCAGCAGGCCAUCAAGUUGUUUGGUGGCAGAGAGAUGACCGAGUCACAGAACAAGAAAAAACAGAAAGCUCUGAGCAGCCUGCAGCCUGCCAUGCUGGACGAGUUCCUGGGUGCGGUGGAAGCCUUUGGGGCCUUCUGUUCCGGGCCUCAGCUCCAGGACCUGAUGCUUCUCUCUGACUCGGUCAGAAAUCAGUGGCAGGACGUGCGCAGAGAAAUGGCCGACUUUAUUUCCAUCCGGGCGUCUAAAAUCAGAGAGGCCAAGCCGCCGUUUUCUGUUCGUGAAAAUGUCACUAACGCUCGGCAUGAAGCUGCUGACCCCGCCGACCCCAGCCGCUUCCGGCAGGACCGACAGGCGGUCACCCAGGGCGCUGCGUCCGUCCAGGAGCGCUUUGAAGCUCUCGGAGAAUUGUGUGAAAUCCUGACGCCAGAGGUAUCCCGCGGCUUGGCAACGGACCGACAGACUGAGCCCGGCAAAGUGCAGAAAACCCAAACUAGCGUGACAGCAAUGUCGCCUAAAAGGGGACGGCAGCUUGAGGUGAACACCCUGCUGAGUCUGGCCGACGUGCCGCCGAGCAGCAGCCUCACUCCGGAGCAGGGCCUGGACGGUGCACGACGAGACGUCCUGCCCUCAGGUGAGGCGGUGCACGCUCAAAGACUCGGUGAUGCCCCCCAGCUGCGAGUUCAGGACGUCCCGUCGGGGAACAAGGACCACCUGAUGCAGAGCCAAGGAGGCGGCCGGGAGAAGAAGCAGAAGCCUUCACUUCGAGCCAGAGAGCAGCUGCUGCGAGCGCGCCUGCUGCACGCUGCAGAGAGCAAUCAGCAAGCACCAGGUCACAUACAGGCGGUUGUUGGGAGCAACACUGUGGAGAGCAAACAGGAGGCGGAGUGGACCGUCAUCCCAGAACCGGCGGUGCCACCGCGGGAGGAGCUACCCACUGAACAGGAUGCAGCAGGAAGCAGAAUGGUGCCUCUGAAAAAUCCCCCGGACCCGAUGGAGCCUGCAGGCGAUCGGGGAACAAUAAUCGCAGAGAGACUCCAUCAGAUCACCAGACAGUCGCUGGACGUCUCCUCUCUGGUGUUGGUUGGAUCCACCAUGUUUUCCGCCCUGAAGGGGAUGGAUGAAACGCUGCAGGAUGAAAUGAGAAGGCUAGCAGAACAAAGGGCUGAGGAGGAAAGGCGAGGGCCGGGGGCCGCGUCGCAGCAAUCCCCCUGCCAGCCGCUCACUAACGUUCAUCACCUGGAGCAGCUCAGGCAGCAGCUGGACGAAGUUCAGUCCACGGUACGAGCGCUGGAUCAUUUCCUGGCCACCCUGAGAGACAUCAAGGCCGAGAUCCCAGCCCUGCUGGCAAAGCGGGACCCCGACGGGCUGGAAACUGAAACAGACCAGAAAGAAGAGAGACAUUCUUGGCAGGCAGCAACGGAGAGAUUGAAGCCUGCCAUGGAGCAAUCUCAUAUUGUCGACCGUAGUUUGAAGGCGGUGGGGAUGACUCUGACCAUGGAUGGGGCUUCUGUGACGUGUCGCGAUGUGCUGGACCGUGUGUCCGAGCGGAUGGGAGCCACGGGAAAAGACAGGGAGAGAGAACUGGAGCUUCAGGAAAGGAAAGAAACCCAGAACAGUGAGGACAGGCGUCUCAUGGAGACACGGAGGAACGAUUCGGCCAAACAGGACCGGGAGCAGUCUGCUCCAGGCGGGACAGAAGAGGCGUCGGUGCUCGAAAAGAGGAAGCAGGAAGGAGACGACGGAUCGAAAAUGCAGAAGGGUCAAGAGCGUAAGAUUCAGACGUGGAGAUCCGAAGAAGGCUUUUUAAAAACCAAAGACCAGAAGCAACGGAGCUGCAGCCGUCACGCUGGGAAAGACGAAAACGAGCGCGAGAGUUUGGUCCAGAGGAAAUCUGCCUUGUUAGCAGAGCUGAGGGAGACCAAGGCAGCAGCUGAGAGGCUGGAGCUGCUGGAACCCACUCUGCCCGCUCUGCAGCAGAGGACGCGUGCUUUGACAGAGCUGGAAAGUUCUCUCGCCGGCCUCGGCUCUGAGGUGCAGCGAAUACGUGACGCUUCUCCAAAAUCUAAGAUCCCAGAGAAUCAGACCAAAGAGGUGGAGGAUCUCUGGGAGGAGACGACGAAGGCCACGUCAGACCGUUUGGAGCAGUCUCACGUCCUGACGGACCUGCUGAGGAGGUUUCAGAGCAUGCGCGGUGAGCUGACUGGCACACUGCAGAGGGCUGAGACAACCAUCGGUGAACGAGCCUCCUACGUUGGAAAGGAUUACCUGCAGAGGCUACACACUAAGGUUAAGGAAACUAAAGCAGAGCUGAAUGGUCUGGGCGACGACAUCGAGGAGGUGCGCAGCAUCUGCAGACAGCUCCAGUCUCUCCUGCGUCAGGUGCCAGGCUGUGGUGCUGCUCCGUUUGAGAGCGAAGCAGAUGCACUGAUGGAUCGCUGGCUGGAUCUAUCUGAAAGAACAGAUUCCCACCUUGAAAACCUCCAUCUGUGCCUGACAUUAUGGGAUGGAGUCCUGCAGCUGGGGGAAGAAGUGGAGAGCUGGACCAACAGCAGAAUAGCUGUGCUUUCUCAGUGUCCAUCUUUUCAAUCUGAGGACGAUGUUAAGGCAUUAAAGAAUGAGAUUAUGACCCAGGAGGCGAGCGCGCAGCGAUUCCACCGCAGAGCCUCUGAGAUUCAGUCGCUGCUUCAAAGCGCAGAGCCCCCUCUGGAGCUGCAGGUGGCGGAGACCCAGAUGAGGAAGAAAAUCGAGCAAGUGAAGGAGCUUGUUUUGGAGAGCGAAGAGGUGUAUAAGCAGAUGGUGGCCACUAUGGGACAAAUCACUGAAAGGAUGACGGAGUCUUUCAACUCCCUCCAGGAGAUUCAAGACUCCCUUCGCAGUCUCUCUGGUCCAGAUGUGGCGACGAUCCUGGCAAAACUCAAAGAAUUAUGUCAGAGGCUGCACACCGAAGAUGAGCGAGUGCGGAGCUUGCUCGAGGAUGUGCAGGUUCUGGCCUCCAUCGCCAGUCCUGGGAGCCUCCAGAGUCUGUCCGCUGGAGGGCUUCAGCUGGAGGAGAGCGUCAGAAACACCCAUCAGCUCUUCUCGGAGGUGGAGGAGCAGACUGAGAGGAAUAUCCAACAUCUGGACAGGCUGCUAACGGAGAAAGAGCAGCUGGAUAAGUGGCUUUGUGCAGCUGAGGAAAAUGCACGGAAAGUGGAGGAUCUUACUAUUCUGCAAGAAGAAGCAGUGCAUCAAAGUGGGAGGACGGAGCUUAUCGCUGAGCUUGCUUCAUCUUUAAGAAGCAGCAACCUUCAGCAGUCGGUGCCGGUGGAGCAGAGCUGUGAACUGCUCCAACGGCGACGCCCUCGCUGA